AUGACUAAAGAAACGAUUCGUGUAGUGAUUUGCGGCGAUGAAGGGGUCGGUAAAUCCAGUCUGGUUGUAUCAUUAACAAAAGCUGAAUUCAUACCGACCAUACAGGACGUUCUGCCCCCCAUCAGCAUCCCAAGAGAUUUCUCAUCAUCGCCUUCAUAUUCUCCUACGAAUACAGUACUUAUAGACACCUCAGAUUCGGACCUUAUAGCUUUAGACCAUGAGUUGAAGUCCGCAGACGUCAUUUGGCUUGUGUAUUGCGAUCACGAAUCGUAUGAACAUGUCUCCCUCUUUUGGUUGCCUCAUUUCAGGUCUCUGGGGUUGAAUAUUCCUGUCAUUCUCUGCAAAAAUAAAUGCGAUUCCAUAUCGAAUGCCAAUGCUAAUGCAAUGGCAGCGUCAGAAAAUAGUGAUGAUGAUAUUGAUACCAAAGUGGAAGAUGAAGAAUUUAUUCCAAUCCUGAUGGAAUUUAAAGAAAUCGACACCUGCAUUAAGACAAGUGCCAAGACUCAAUUUGAUCUUAACCAGGCGUUUUAUCUUUGCCAAAGAGCCAUAACACACCCAAUAUCACCUUUAUUCGAUGCCAUGGUAGGUGAACUAAAGCCACUAGCUGUCAUGGCCUUAAAAAGAAUUUUUCUUUUGUGCGAUUUAAACCAGGAUUCAUACUUAGAUGAUAACGAGAUCUUGAAUUUACAAAAGAAGUGCUUCAAUAAGAGCAUUGAUGUAAACGAACUAAAUUUCAUAAAAGAUUUGCUUCUCGAUAUUUCUAAACACGAUCAAGAGUACGUUAACCGUAAGCUAUACGUGCCUGGAAAAGGCAUCACGAAGGAUGGUUUCCUUGUACUAAACAAAAUAUACGCCGAAAGAGGGAGACAUGAGACUACAUGGGCUAUACUAAGGACCUUUCACUACACAGAUUCCUUGUGUAUCAAUGACAAAAUUCUUCAUCCGAAGUUGGUUGUUCCUGACACUUCCAGCGUGGAAUUGAGCCCCAAGGGGUACCGAUUUCUUGUAGAUAUUUUUUUAAAGUUUGAUAUCGACAAUGAUGGUGGUUUGAAUAAUCAAGAGUUACAUCGUCUAUUUAAGUGCACACCUGGGCUACCCAAGCUAUGGACCUCAACAAAUUUCCCCUUCUCCACUGUUGUAAACAACAAAGGCUGCAUCACCUUACAAGGCUGGUUAGCACAAUGGAGUAUGACGACUUUCUUGAACUAUAGCAUAACUACCGCGUACUUGGUGUAUUUUGGCUUUCAGGAGGAUGCAAGACUGGCUCUACAAGUAACCAAGCCAAGGAAAAUGAGACGCCGUUCCGGGAAACUUUAUAGAUCUAAUAUCAAUGACAGGAAAGUCUUUAAUUGCUUUGUCAUUGGAAAGCCAUGCUGCGGGAAAAGCUCUUUACUAGAGGCCUUCUUGGGCAGAUCGUUCUCAGAGGAGUAUUCUCCAACGAUCAAACCAAGAAUUGCAGUCAACAGUUUGGAAUUGAAAGGUGGGAAACAGUACUAUUUGAUUUUGCAAGAACUUGGAGAACAAGAAUAUGCCAUACUAGAGAAUAAAGAUAAGUUAAAAGAAUGUGAUGUAAUCUGUCUAACAUACGAUUCCAGUGACCCAGAAUCGUUCUCAUACUUAGUUUCGCUUCUGGACAAAUUUACCCAUUUACAAGAUCUACCGUUGGUAUUCGUAGCCUCUAAGGCUGAUCUAGAUAAACAGCAACAAAGGUGUCAAAUCCAACCAGAUGAACUAGCGGAUGAGCUCUUUGUGAACCAUCCACUGCACAUAUCAUCGCGGUGGCUAAGUUCACUCAACGAAUUGUUCAUAAAAAUUACAGAAGCCGCUCUUGAUCCAGGUAAGAACACUCCCGGAUUGCCAGAAGAAACCGCAUCGAAAGAUGUCGAUUACAGGCAAACGGCUCUAAUUUUUGGGUCCACUGUGGGUUUCGUGGCGCUAUGCUCCUUCACACUGAUGAAACUAUUUAAAUCAUCAAAGUUCCACAAAUAA